AUGACUAGAAGAGUCAUAAUGGAGAAUUUGGGUUCGCAGUAGCCAACCACACAAAAUCUUGAGACUUUGGUCUUUAUGAAGUGCAUAAUCACCCCAUAAAGUUUUGAUUGAGUAUUUUUCUUUUUUUGUAGACUUUUCCCAGUUUAUGGAAACGUUUUUGACAUUAAGUUCUAUCCAUGUUGAUGGUGGAGGAAUCCAGAUGAGUUAAUCACUGCUCAAUCACUUUUUGGCUCCCGAAAGUUUGACUCUCAUUAGUAUCUUAAGAUGUCUUAACUUAUAAAUCUAAGCCCACGAUUGAAUUUUCAGAUAUAAAACCGGAAGAAAUGCAAUGGGCUCUUUGUAUGUGGUCCCCUUGCAGUUUAUAUUCUCUCAAGUUUAUACGCAACUAGAAUUCUCACAUGAUAGCAGUUCAUUUCCAAAACCAAAGUGAAACAUCUCUUUCCAUUUGUACAAGUUUUAUUGUCAACGCGACCUUUUUCUUAAGGUUUUGAGGAAUCCCACUCUUCUGUCCCACAGAGAGGAAUGAUUUAUCUGGAAUUCUCCUCAAACAGUCAAAGAUUAAUAAUGCAAAACGGAACAUAACUUGGGCCAUUAUUGAUUUGAUCAGAACAAUGGGUUUGAUUUUCUCCUGUAUUCUGCCUCUUUUGAUGAAAUCACCUGUUCACAGACGUAAUACGUGAUUUUUAAUAACAUUAUAAAAAAACAAAACAAUUGAUUAGGAAGAGUAAGCGUGUCUCAGACCUGUCCACCAGUGAUGGGUCCCUCCCUUUCCAUUUUUGGUGUUAAAGGCGCUACUCAUUGAUUCAGACACAUAAUUGGUAGAAUUUAUCAGAGAAAUCUGUUAUUUCACCCACCAUUUUAUUUUUUACUACUAUUGAAUUUCAUAUUGAAUUUUUUUUAGUCAGAUCACCAUUUUUCUCUUAUUUUAGAUCAUAUUCAGUUUUAUUUUACUGUGUGGAUCAAAGCAAAGGCUACUGUCUGAUAAGAAGAACCUCAUUCAAUUCGUUUCCUAAUGAACCAGAAAUAUAAUCGGCAGUGUUGUGUCCUUUUCCUCUGGGAGAAUUGUUCUUGUGAGUUCAUAGCAUUAUCCUACUAUUUUUUCAUAGGAAAAACAAAAGCAAGAUAUUACCUUAGACGACCCAAUCUGGCUCUAUGGAUAUGGAACGGUUUCUAUAUUUUGAAGCGACCAGGCUCAUUCCAUCCAUUGCAUUCGAGGUUCUAACUAGAAAAACCCACUUCAAAAAUAAAAAUGAAAAAUAAAAUAUUUCCUUAAAUGGGCCAACCCAGUUCCAUGGAUAGAGAUAUUUAUUUCUUAUGAAGCAAUGGGGCUCAUUCUAUUCAUAUUAUUAGAGUAACUUCUACUUCAUUCUCUCUCAGGAAGAGAGUAGCGCUAGUGCUCCCAAGUUUGGGGAGUGGGGAGGCAAUGACGUUCCUUACACAUUGUACUUCGAGAAUGCGAGGAAGAAGAAGGAUCAGGGCAAGAGACUCAGCACCACUGAUCUACAGGAAGACCCAAAUGCUUUCGCCAAGGCUCCUUCUCUCAGAACGGCCCCACCAGCUGUGGAGCCCACAAGUCAGAGGCCUAAGCAACGAUUCACCAGUGAUGAGGAAUACCUCCAUCAGGCUGCUUUUAUCCCAAUGCGCCACGUGGCAGAUAGACAUAGGUUCAGGCAGGAGUCCCCACGACGGAUGCCUGGAGACCAGACAAGUUCCAUUGAUCCAGGUAGGAGACCCAACCAGCUGGUCGCUGAAAGGGGCCUUGGCCCUGCCAACAUUCCUCUUCAUUGGAACGCUGAGGUAAUGGCACAAGUCUUAGUAGAAUUAUCCAUAAAAGUGUGGGUCCCACUUUUUGAAGAUGAUGUGGCAUGUGGUCAUGGGGCAGGGUCCAGCAGUGCCGGUAUUUGGCAAGUGGAACGAGAAAGAUCCCUCAAUGGACAAUAAUUACUCGGGCAUCUUUGAGAACUUGAGGAGAGAAAAGAAGUCAACCCUUCCGAAUGCUACUCCCCAGCAAACGGAGGACAAACCAGCCAAAGCCAAGGCCAAAUACCCGGUGAGCUGGUUCUCCCCCCUUGAAGCUAAAAAUACAGUCUUUCAGCAUAGAGAAUAUCUCUCUCUUCCCUCCCCCCCCCUUCCAUGAUGACCCACUUCACCUUGAUUAUAAUCCGUUUUUUCUGCAAAUAAUAAGCAUCUUUAUAUAUUUAAAAUCUUAUACAUUUUCAGUAAUCACAGUGCAUUAGUCAUCGGAUGCCCCGUUAUUAGGUGUCCUGGCAUGGAUCUAUUAGCUUACAGCUGAGCCCGCUGAGAUCUCUCUCCAGUGGAAGGACGGUUGUUCAGUCGCUCUGGCUAUAAAUAUCAUAAAAUUUAGGAAGAAGACCCCUCUGGGCUGGUCAGAUUAUGAUUUUUCUUCAAAGCAGUGAUGGUUUCUUAUCAUAUUCCGUUUUUUUUCACUUUUUUGGCGCUCUAGAGAUGCUCAUGCUUCGGUUGGUUUGGGAAAUAGCACCUGUUCAAGCUCUGCGCUCAUACUGAAAGCUUGGAUCUGUAAAUGCCCUCAGAGAAGGUUAUUCGCAUCAUUGCACCCUUGAAGGGAGAUCAUUGCUUCCCCUUUUCUAAUUUAGUGUUGAAGUGAUUGUGGCUUCUGAUCUGCAAAAGGUUGACUGACUCUACAGAGCAUGAUCUUACGGUUGCUGGUUCAAGAGAGUGCGUACUAAAGAGUAACUUUGUCUUGCUUUUAUAUACAACGAAAGAAGAUAGUUUCAGUGCCUGAUAGAGUCCUUCGCUCUUCUUCUUGUCAUCCCCUGAUGCCUAAGAUACACAGUUCAAGGUCUUAGUUUUGGCGGGUUUUUCAGUCACUCCUUUUUGUAUAAAAUAUCAGCUGUUACAGGGAAUCGAUUUGCUUACCAGGUUUUUCUUGAUCGACAUCCUCAUAAAGGUUAAUGAUUUUCAUGUUUUUUUCCCCCAAAAUGCCUGAAAUAUGCUGUUCUAAGGAAGAAUUGAAGCUGUACUAGGAAAGGGUUUCCCUUGAUCGACAUCCUCAUAAAGGUCAAUGAUUUUCAUGUUUUUUUUCCCCCAAAAUGCCUGAAAUAUGCUGUUCUUAGGAAGAACUGAAGCUGUACUAGGAAAGGGUUUCUCUUGAUCGACAUCCUAAUAAAGGUUAAUGUUUUUCAUGUUUUUUUUUUUCCCAAAAUGCCUGAGAUAUACUGUUCUAAGGAAGAAUUGAAGCUGUACUAGGAAGGGGUAUUUGGUGGUGUAAACACCUGCUAUAUAUGGUGAUUAAAAUCAUUCAAUAGUUCAAUUGCAGACUACUUGCUUGUGUUUCGACAUCAUUUCAUGGCCCAGCACGAUUCGUCUUUUCCCCAGAAAGAUUUGGUCAUGAUUCUGAUGUCUAGGAUAGAAAAUAACCCUACUAGAAGAAGACUAAAGAGUAGAACAGCCACUUAUGAGAGAGAUGGCGUAUGAACUUGUGAGUUAAUCCUCUCUUACAACCGCCUCUCUUCCUCGGCUUCUUGAUUAGUCAAUCAGGGUUUACACGGAAAAGAUAUUUACCUCCUCCCAACUCCCCAUAUAAGAAGAAUUUGGGCCGAUGGACAGUAAUAGCACAAUUAAAAAAAUAAAUAAAUAAGAUAUGUUUACUGGGCCGAUGUACCCAAUCACCCAUCUAAACUUGGCCCAAUAAGCCAUACUCGACCAUGGACAUUCACUGGACUGGGGAUGUAUUGUAGCUAGUAACUGCCAUUGUUAGGCAAUAAAAAAAAAUUAAAAAAAUCACUUACUGUUGCUUAUUACUGCAAUAGUCCCUCAUUUUGUUUAAGGCUAAUAAGUAUGAGUCCCUGGACAUUGACUAAGGAGAUCUUGUGUAGCCCAUGUAUAAUUCUAAUAUGCUUCUUGGAGUGUUUAUGGCUGUUGUUGAGGAGAGGCUUCCGCCAAUUCUAGGAGCAUUUAUGGUGGGUUAAGAGAGUGAUUGUCAUGGGCUUUUUUAGUUCGGAUUCUUAAGAAAGAGGGGGGGGAGGAGGGCUUCAAACUGCCCUUUCAUUCGAUAAGGUCAACCCUUGUUUCCCAAAUGGUCAAAUAUGUGCUUCUUGGGAACUUAUCCUCCCAAAACUCCACACAUUUUUUGUUGAGAUUGUCACUGCCCAGUUUAACAAAUAUUACUAUUCCUAGAGGUUUACCCGUAGUCACUCCACAAAAAUCCAAGUAAUUUAGGUUCCUAAAAUUGGUAGUUUAUAUAUAUAUAUAUAUAGAUAAUAAAAAUGGCAUUAAUCUCUCUUGAAAUGAUAGUUUGUCACAAAAUAAGUGUAAAAAAGAAUAUGAGAGCAAGCAGCAUAAUUUCCUCCGAACGAUGGAAACUUUCUAUGGAUAUUCAUAAUUUUCACAUGAUUUUAGUUGAAUGAUAGUUACAAUAUACAAGCACUGAAAAUCAAGGAUCUAAAUCAACAAAAAUAUAUGGAAUUUUUUUUAGAGUUUUCCCUGUAUGUAGAUGAUCUAGGAAAUUUGACCCGAAAUGUUCAGAGAGAGAGAGAGAGAGAGAGAGAGAGAUCAAAUUUGGAAUGUAGGUGGGCAUGGUUCUUUUCUAAAUAUGGAUCUGGUUUGGAUAUUUAAAGGAUCAAUUUUUAGAUUCUGCUGAUCGGAUCAUGACCCUAAUCAAGAACGGAAUCAACCAUGUCUAAUCUGGCAUGUGGAUCCAAUACCAGCUACCUUAACCCUCAGGGCCAAGUAGCAUGGGUUCGCAUAAUCUACAUCUCCACAAGAAAAAGGGACCUCUUCCUCCAAUACAUUGUUACUUCCAUUUUAUCAACAGCAAUCGGAGAUGUGGGUCCACUGAUCACAAAUGUCUAGAGAGAUGA